AUGUUCAAUCGAUCUGAUCAGGACCAGCCUGGUCUAGAAGUGAAUCCAAAUCACGAUGGCCUGUACCCACUCUACCCUGCCACAAACGACAAACUCGAACACAUGGACGGUGACACCGAGGCGUCAAAGGCUAACGUCGCACGGAGUUCGUGGCACAAUCCUUGGGGUCUUCGACCAUUAUGGUUUGGCAUACUCAUAGCCAUCCUGACGACAAUUGCUGUUGGAGCUAUUGUUGGAGGUGCUGUGGGAGGAGCAAUGGCACAUUCUAAAGGAUCCUCUGGCUCGCAAAAUAACACCGUGCUCUCGGAGUCAACUAGCACUGCCUCGGCAACGACUCCAUCAGCUUCGCAAGCGUCAAGCAGCACGAAUGCGGCACCCACAACCGCAGUAGCCAAAGACUAUGUACCACUUGCUCCUUCAGCUGUUCCACUCUUGCAGCACUCUUGUCCCAGCGAGAACUAUAUCUACGAAAUAAACGAUAACCCACUUCCUCCACAGACUUUCACUUGGGUGUGUGAGACUGCGUACCUCGGCAAUAACAGGGGAGAUGUGGGAAUUACUUUGAUGCAGCUCUCAGCAUACACCGCCGAGCAGUGCGUGGAAGCGUGCGGCGGAUUGAAUGUCUGGCGGAAGGAGCUAAUUUGCUCUGCUGUCACAUUCCAAGCAUCAAUGUCUUCCGAAUGGAAUGUCGGGAGAGGUAACUGCUGGCUAUUCAAUGGGACAAGUUCAACCUGGGACGAUCCAGGGGCAAAAACUUGUAUAAGCGCUCACCUGUAA